AUGGGGAAGAAGUCCAGACGCCAGGGACCCGUCAAACCAGCGGGAUCCCAGGACAUUGGCGAUCUCCUACUCCGGCCUUCCAGGGCCUCGGGCACGGCCACACCUAAAGAAAAUGGCGACUCGCUUUCAGCCUCCUCCGAAGAACGGGCUAUGGAUGAGCUGGAUGAGAUACCAGCCGCAGGGGGGCUCCAUUACACAUCCUCCGAUGAAGAUAAUGAAUUGCCAGCUACCAAGGGCGACAUUAAGGCGCUCCUCCGCAACAUCCGAGGGCUAUUUGCGGCAGACAUAGUGCGAGAAGACAUACACAAAAUGGAGUGA